CUCCCAAAUGGUAACGGACCGAAUUCCCCCAAAAUUCCAAUUCGGUGCCCCAAACCAAACCCCUAAUUUCCUAAUCAAACAAAUUCCCGUCGAAACUACCUGUCGCCCUCGCCUUCGCAGGUUAAUAGCUAGUCAGACAUAGAAGUAGAACAAGCACUGACAGAACGGUCUGAAAGUGACUAAGAUAACCAAAGCGGUAGGGACUCGAUUCCAUGGCACAAAAUGGUAGUGUGAGAAAGAGGGGGCCAAACAUUCUGGUGACAGGAACGCCUGGGACGGGCAAGACAACGACAUCGUCUGCUUUAGCAGAAGCCACCCAGCUCCGCCACAUCAUCAUCGGUGAUUUGGUCAAGGAGAAGAACCUCCAUGAUGGCUGGGAUGACGAGCUUGACUGUUACGUCAUCAAUGAAGACCUCGUUUGUGAUGAGCUUGAGGAUUUGAUGGAAGAAGGGGGGAACAUUGUGGACUACCAUGGCUGUGAUUUCUUUCCUGAGCGAUGGUUUGAUCGAGUAGUUGUGCUUCAGACCGACAACACAGUGUUGUAUGAUCGCUUGAGUAGGAGAGGUUACACAGGUUCAAAGCUCUCAAACAACAUUGAGUGUGAAAUCUUUCAAGUUCUGCUCCAAGAGGCGAAAGAAAGUUACCCAGAGGACAUUGUGGUGGCAUUAAAGAGCGAUACAAUUGAAGACAUUUCCAGAAAUGUUGCGAGUUUAACAGAUUGGGUGGGAAGUUGGCACCCUGCUUCCUAGUCACAUCACAUCAUCUCUCCCCUCUGUCUGUUGUUGUUAUCAAGGGCACUAGUCCCUGCUUGAGUUGAGUAGGUGUUUUUAGCAUAGUCUGCUUGAAGCAGAUUUUGGCGAUGCUAUGACUACUAUAAGAUGAAGUUUUCUUCAGAAUUCAGCUGUAUAAGUUACUAUUUUAUAUAGAAAAUGUUUUAUAUUAUUUAAUAUAUUUUGUCCUAA